CGAAGAUGUGUUCUGGUUCUGUUUCUCUUCUUUUUCAACUCUAUUAAUUCAUCGAAAUGACUAUCUCUGUUGGUGACCAACUUCCUACUGUCGUCCUCAAAUACGCACCUUACGAUCCUACUCGCGACCCCAGAGCUUGUGUUCUUCCUGCUUCUUACGACCUUGCUAAGGAACUCAAAGGUAAGAAGGCUAUCAUCUUUGCCAUCCCAGGUGCUUUCACUCCCACAUGCUCUGAAGAGCAUGUCCCUACUUAUGUCAAGAAGUACGAUGAAUUGAAGAAGGCUGGUGUUGACGUGAUCAUCUGUGUUGCUAUGAACGAUGCUUUUGUCAUGGGCGCGUUUGCUGUCAACCAAAACACUGAAGAUAAGGUUAUUAUGGCUUCCGAAGCCGGCACUGGUUUCUUUGAUAAGUUAGGCUUGACUUUAGAUUUGACUGGUGCUGGUUUGGGCAUUCGUUCUAAGCGUUUCGCUUUGAUUGUCGAUGAUCUCAAAGUCACUUAUGUUGGUGUUGAAUCUGACAUCUCAGAAACGAAGGAAUCCACUGCUGAGGCUAUUCUCAAGCAUUUAUAAUUCGAAUGUUAGCAAGCGUACAAGAGAUCAGGAAGAAGAAGAUAAUAACAAAAAACAGAAGAUAUCCUCCGACAAAGAAAAGUCGUCUUAAGCAAUUGAUCCUUUUGCGUUUAUCUGUCUGUCUGGUUUUUUACGUGCAUAAUCAGAUCUUUGUGCUACAUUUGGCG